AUUUGGGUGGGGCUAACAAAAAUAAGGUCCGCCGAGAUGCUCCGAUUUAGGGAUUAGUAAUUUAGAUUAGAAAUAGGUAUUUAGGGUUUUUUGCCUUUAACCGCAGCUCGAUUUCUCACCUGAAGAGUUUGUAACUCUGCAUGAUUACAACUUUACAAGCUGUUUUUGAUCUCAUGGAUAGUCAUCCUUCUCUUCGAAGCAGAACUUCGUCGGAUCUAAUAAGCCAACUGCCAGAAGAUUUAAAGCACAGAAUACUAGAGCGUCUAGAUACUCGUGAAGCGGCCAAAACUGCUCUUCUCUCAACUCAAUGGAAUAAUGUUUGGUUGCGACAUGGCCGACUUGCCUUUACUGAUGAGGUCUUAUUAGGAGAAGGUGAAGGCGUUAGAUGCUCGAAAAUGAUCACUAAUGCUCUGUUACUCCGUCCUGGUCCGGUUAAGAAAUUCACUCUGGAUACUUCCCAAUGGGAACCUGCUAUGCAGCAGUCUGAUUUAGAUCUCUGGUGUCGUUGUCUAUCAAAAAAUGGUAUUGAGCAUCUUAACCUCACUCUUGAUGCUCAUGUCAUGGCAGAUAACUACACACUACCUGUUUGUAUAAUUAUCUGCCCCACAAUCAAACAACUGAAACUUGAGUCUAUUGAUAUGUGUUUGCCAGUCAAUACUCGACCGGGUAGUAUGUUUUCUGGUGUUACCUCUUUAGAGUUCACUUACGUUGUGUUUCGCCGUGAUGAUAACCUCACAGUUAUCCAUAGUAUUCCUUAUCUUGAGGUGCUAGUAUUCAGGGAAUGUGAUGGGAUAGAUAUGUUCGUGAUCAAUGCUCCAAGACUUAAAUACCUCAGCUUCUUCGAUGCUGAGUUCGUGGCUGAAUGGGAAUGGUUUGAGCUUCAUUUUCGUGUCAUUAAUACUCUUUGCUAUGGUGCAUAUGCGUUUUUGGUGAGAAUCAUGUCUUCCUAACAUGAUGCACCAUUCAUAAAGAAUAGGCCCCUCCGCCCCUGAUACAUAUGUUUUUUCUCUAGUCUCAUUCAAGGUUAACCAAUUACUUUGUUUUGUGUUUGACUUUAUAAAGAGUAACACUGAUGCUACGAUAAAUAUCCAAGAGAGGCUUCCAAUUGCUACAAAUCUACAAGUGAUUGAGCUGCAUGAUUUUAGGUUUGCUGAUCUGAAUUGCGUUAAUCUUGUUAUUCAAUUCCUUCGGAAAUGUCCAAAGCUACACAAACUGGAGAUAUUUAUAUUAGACUAUCAGUCACAUUUGUGGGGUGAAGCUGAUCCAACUAUUUUGAGAGAUCUGGACAGUUGGUUUAGUGAUCUGGAUCUCGGAGAGCUUAGAACAGUAAAGAUGAAAUCAUUUUGCGGAUCAAGACAGGAAAUGCUCUUUAUCAAAUUAAUUCUAUCAAAGUCUCCCUCCCUUGAGGAAGUUUUAAUUACAAAAUCAGGUCACAUUGGUACCUCUGUGGCUUUAAAAGUACUAACGGAGAUGAUCUCCUGCCCUCGUGCGUCGCCAAAAGCAAAAAUUGUUUUUCUGCGACAUAGCUAGGUGCUGCUCUAUUUCCUGAAAAUUAGGCAUUUGUAUCCCUUUAUAAGCAUCUCCAUCGAUUCUGCGUGCAUAGGUUCUACACAAAAUUUUGAAGUCCUUUUGGUGUAAUAUAUUUGGU